AUGAAUGUCAGUCAAGCUUUUAAGGAGACUAGUCGCAACUGGUACCUAUAUGCCGACGCCUUCAAAGUGGAGAAGGAAAUAAAGUCUUCGAACCCUGAGUUAGCUGAACGAAAUAAAGAUAUUGGAACUGACUCAGCACUUGUAGAUGUGCAUGACAAGGAUCUGAGUGUUGAAGAAGGUCUUGAAACCCAAGUAGCUGAGAAGACCACAGGGAAGAGGAAAUGGAAAAGGUCAGAUGGAGAGAAAUGUGGAGAGAAACGCGUCAACGAUCUUAAUCGAUCUUAUGAUAGUAACGAGGUUGAAGCUGUUGUUGCUCCACCGAAAUCAGAAUCUUGUGCAGUUUUACCGACAGAAGAAAAUGUGAAGGGUGAGAAAUCUGUCUUAGAUUCUGAUAAGCUAGUGAAUCAUUUGGAGAAGAAAAGGAAGUCCUCAAAAGACUCGGGCGAAGAAGAUAGUCUGGUUGCUAAUAAAAGAAAAAGGAGCGUUGGAAAAGAAGAUAGUCUGGUUGCUUCUGGCGCAGAAAAUCUGAAGAAGAUCAAGAAAAAUUCAACCAAGAAAUAUAAAAAGAAACAUUCUGAGAAGACUGUGGAGUCCCAAGAUUAUGUUCCUGGUCAAAUCCUGGAGGAGAAGGCUGAGAUUGGAGAUAAUUUCUGUCCUAGCCAAAACGAAGAUAUUGCUGGUUUUGAUAAGAAGCAAAAUCAAGUGAUGAAACUCCUUGAUUUGCAUCACGGCGGUUCCGUUGAAGGUUCACUGAACACUAUGAAACCGAAAGAGAAAAAUGCUAUAGCUCAGCCAGCUAGUUCAGUUACUAGUCAUUUCCAGUCAGUGGUUAAGAACGAUCACAGUGGUUUCAAGGUUGAUCUUUCCGAUGCAUAUGUGAAAGGCACAACGGUCGACAACAAGAAUGAAGCUUUGAAGAAAAUCUACAACGGUUCCAUUUUCAGAAAACCGAAAGCGAGAAAAACUAAGUUGAAAUCUUCAGAUGAUGAUAGUGAUGUUGUGACCUCUAUUUUGAGGAAGCAAGGAACCAAUCUUGCUGGAGGAACAGAUAGGAGCUUGCAAGGUUACCUGAGAAGCUCAAAACCUUACAAGGAGGCCAAACUGAGAGAUGAUCAAGCGGAAAAUAAGUACGUUGAUGACGAGUGCCUUGGGAACCUGUACGUCCCAGAUAGCCUAUCCAACUAA